ACGGCAUACGGCAUCAGUGCACUCGGUGUCUUCCUCUCGCUCGUCCAACUAUAACCUCCCCACCCCAAGCGACCUUCGGCUCCCCGGCUACAGCUACAGCCCACUGCUAGCAGUCGACUGUCGAAUUCGCGCCUUUGCUGCGGCCGCGUGAUUAAACGACUUAUACUCCCUGACAGUAUAUUGUCUGUUCAGUCAGAGCCGAAAUUUUCCUGUGCAAUCGUUUAUUACUGCCAAGAGGAUCGUCUCCAGGAUGUCGGACUCCAAGUUCCAACCUGUCACACACUGCAUCUUCGACAUGGACGGUUUGCUCAUAAAUACAGAGCAGCUGUAUACAACAGUUUUUAAUCGUAUUCUUAGUCCUUAUGGCAAACAAUUCACAUGGGAAAACAAAGCUGUUACUAUGGGAUUUCAUACCAAUCAGCUUGUGCGCUACAUAAUAGACACAUUUGAGUUGCCAAUGCAACAAGAGGAGUUAACUAAGCGACUACAGACUGACUACGCUGCAAUAUUUCCAAGCACUCAACUUUUACCAGGUGCUGAACGGCUUCUGCGUCAUCUCAAGAAGCACAAUGUCCCUAUUGCUUUGGCUACAAGUUCCAGUGCAGAGAGUUUUGCUCUGAAGACUAAGCACUUGACAGAGAUUUUUGACUUAUUCCAUCACAGAGUACUUGGAGGCUCAGAUCCAGAAGUGAAGCAGGGAAAGCCAAAUCCAGAUAUAUUCAUUGUUGCUGCAAAACGUUUCCCAGAUUCGCCUGAUGCAGCCAAGUGUCUUGUCUUUGAGGAUGCACCCAAUGGAGUACAAGCUGGGAUUAGCGCCGGAAUGCAAACUGUGAUGGUGCCUGACCCACAUUUACCAAAACAAUUUACAGAGAAAGCAACUUUGGUGAUAGACAGCCUAGAACAUUUCAAGCCAGAGGACUUUGGUCUACCUAAAUUUGACUAGGGAAAAAUUUUAAAUUAUAUCUAAAGAAAUUAAAAAUUUUAUUUUAUUAAUCUACUGUAAAUCUACUUCUUGCUAACUAGUAAACACUGCGCAUAAGUAAGAGCUACCUCUUUUAGACACACCAAAUAUUAUUUUUGUAGAAAGACAAAUACGUUCCUCCAUCUAUAUAAACAUACUAGUCAGUAACAUGGCAAGUCCAUGAAAUUAUUUGUAAAAAAGAUCACAUGCAGAGAAUAAAAUAUGUUUACAAUACUGAGAUUUUUCUAAUAAACGUUAUGAAUAAAUCGA